CCAAGGUGUGCGUGCGUGCGUGCGGAGGGACUGUCAGAAUUAGGGAGGCUGUACCACAGAAAACAUCUGCGUCUGCAGCAGGAGGGGGGAGGCAAUAUGUCUUCACUGACAGAGCGCAACUUGGUGGCUGUCCUUUUCCCUGCUCUCUGAGACAUAAACAUCGGUAGUGAAUGAGAGAGAGAGAGAGAGAGAGAGAGAGAGCGCAGCGCACACCGGGGCGCAGACAGCGCCGCAUCGUCGGGAGCCAAGCGAAGCCAGAGCUUGCGGAGAACGCCGGAGAAGCUGGUAUGAGCACGUCACCCUGCAGAAGAAAGGGACCGAGCCCCUCAGCGGGAGGAGCGGGAGAAAUGGAGGGCAGGGUGUGACGGACGGGCGGACGGACGGACGGGCGGUCGAUGUCUUCCUAGGGCCGCACCAUGGCGCGUCAGGGCUGGGUGCUGACGCUCUGUCUCUGGCACUCUGUGCUCAGCGGCCUCUGUGGCGCGUUGCCGACCGGCGGCGUCACCGCGACUCCGCCCACGGCGACGGGGCCCGGCGACGGCACGCGGCUCGCGGAGGGGCGCCGGCCCGGCUCCUCCUGGCCCUUCUGGGCGGCGGCAGCGGCGGAGGACAAGACGCCGUCCUUCCUCUCGCUGCCUUUCAGCUUGCCCUUUGACCUCUGGAGCUCCGGCGCACGCUCCCGAGGAAACGCAGAGGGCGAAACGGCGGAUACUUCCUCUAACCAAUCGGGUUUGGCGGAGAAGUUAGGCGCGCCGCCCGACCCAGAAACCGGUUUGACCCGGAAGGAAUCCUUCGCUCCCACAAGGACAGGGAUGGUCGCCCGGCUCACGACCUCCGACCCUCCGACGCCCAUGGCGACGGCGACGCCGAACGGCGAGACCGCGGGAAACCGACACCCACACGCGCCCUGGGUUGUGGUCAGCACGAGCGGCGAAGACGCGCUCUCCCCGACGGAGACCCCGGCCGUCGUCACAGCUACCCACGGCGGCGGCGGCUAUCCGCCUCCCCUGGCCUCGGGCACAGAGCACGGCGAAUCGGGGGGGCCCGCGCGUGCGGACGACGGCUCCUCCCCCGCGUCUCCCGCCCCGGUCGCGACGCCGGCGGCGGGACCAGCGUCCGCCGUCGACCGGGCCGCCGAGGAGGCCGCGGGGGCGGAGCCGAAAACGGACGCGGGGUCGCCCGAGAGCGGGAUGAGGGCGGUGGGACAGGAGACGGAAGAGGGGACGACCGCAGGCCGGGACUGGGGGGACUUCGAGGACGUGGCGUGGCCGACCCAAACGACGCCUCCCGUCAGCGCCCCACAGCCGGCAGGGACGUCGCCCGAGUUGGGCGGAGAGGACGACCCCGAGGUGGAGGAGCCAAUCAGACGCUGGACGGCCUCCGUUUCCUCGGUAACGCCUCUGGGGCCUCUGUUCGCAGACCCGCUCCCUGACGAGGACUGGUCGCCGGACGCGGCGCCCGACGACGAUGACGACUCGCCCCCGCCGCCGCUGCUCGACUGCGACCCGGACGCCGCGGAGGGCCCCUGCAACGCCUCAGGCCCCUGGGGCCCCGCCUUCCCGGACGACGGCGACGACGACGACAACGCCGCCGCCAACCGGUCCCGGGACCCCUUCCUGCUCGCGGCCCCGCCCAUGUUCGUGCCCCUGCACUCGGACUGGAGCAGCGCCAUGGCGACGUGGGGCGCGGCCUGGGAGGCGCACGUCUACGGCCUGGGCGCCGUCUUCGCCCUGGUGGCGGCGGCGUCGGCGCUGAGCCUGCUGUGCCUGCCCGUGCGCUGCCCGUCCGGCUGCGGCUACUUCGCGCUGGUCGACCUCUUCCUGCUGGCGGCCUGCUGCAGCCGGGCCUUCUCGCUCUUCUACGACGCCUACAGCCGCCAGGACAAGCUGCCGGCGUCGGGCACGCUCCUGCUCUACGAGCUGCCCUUCCCCUGCCUGACGGCCGCCUUCGGCAUCGUCUUCCUCCUGCUCUCCAUGCGCUCGCGGAUGCAGCUCUCCAACUCCGUCUUCCAGCACCCCUGCUUCCUGGCCGCGCUGGUGCUGCUGCACUUCGGCGCCACCUUGGGGUCGGUGGUGCUGCUGCAGGUCUUCACCCGGCUGCCCGGCCUCUUCUUCGUCUCGCAGGGCUCCUUCGUGGCGCUGGCGGCCUUCCUGUCGGCCGCCUACCUGGCCUUCUACUGCUAUGUGCGCGCCGACGCCAAGCACAUCUACCACCUGAACAACACCUCGCCGCCGGCCGACCGCUACCACCGCUGCCCCUUCGCCGACCCCAAGGACUGGAACCGGGCGGCGGUGACGGCGGUGUUCGCCGCGCUCUUCGCCCUGGCCUGCGCCGGGCUCCAGCUCUACGUCAUGCUCCACGCGCUGGGCCUGGGCGGGGCGGAGGUCUUCCGCCCCUGGCCCUGGUGGGCCUUCCACCUGAGCUGCAGGGUGUGCGAGGCGGGCGUCUGCCUCACCCUGGCCCUGGUGGUGGCGCCGCCCCUCUGCUGCUCCUCCUCCUCCUCAUCCUCAUCCGGGGACCUCCCCCAGCCGGGCUUCUGCUGGCCCCGCCUCUCCUGGGCCCGCGGCCGGGUGGACCUCAAGUCGCCCGUGCUGCCGGGCAGCUACCAGUGGUCGCUGUCGCAGCAGGAGAAGCUGGUGAUCUGCGACGCCAUCGCCCGGCGCGAGUCCGAGUGCCUGCCGCUGUACGCCCUGGUGGACACGCGCCUCAGCAGCCUGGACGGGCUGGACCUGCUCUACCACAGCGGGCGGCUCUCGCUGGGCACCGUCGCCGACGACGACCACCACGACCACGGCCACCGCGAUGCCGGCUCCCGGAAGCCGUCCCUGGACAGCGACUCCACGGGCGACCUGCGCCCGCCCUCGCCCAUCAACCUGCGGCGCAGCAUCGACGAGGCGCUGUUCGGCGAGGCGCUGUUCGGCGAGGCGCUCUUUCCCAGGAGCCUCUUCGGCCCCUCCCGCCUGCGGGGCUCCAGCGAGCUGUCCCUGGACGCCCGGGGCCCCGCCGACUGCCGGCCCUUCGGGGAGAGCCCGGCCGACCGCGGCCUGUACAGGACCUCCUCCUGCGUGGAGAUGGAGCGCCCCCUGGAGGAGGAGGAGGAGCCUCACGUCUCAGGCCACGCCCGGUUGGGCGGGGCCUCGGGCUCCGGGUCCGACUCGGACUCCUCCUCGGGGGAGCGCUGGGGGGGCGGCGGCGGCGGCGGCAGCAGCGGGGGCUCCGGCUCUCUGCUCCGCUCCUCGCUGGACGGCUCCUCCCUGGUGCUCUGCUCCGCCCCCGAGGGGCGGGGCCGCGGCGACGGCCCCUCCUCCUCCUCCUCCUCCUCCUCGGCCCACCCGUCGCAGGGCGGGCUGGGUCGCUACCGCGCCCUGGGCUCCGCCUCCCGGGAGAGCCUGGGGGGGCGGGGCGAGCGGGACCUGGCCGUGCAGGCCGAGUUCAUCAGCGUGUGCCGGCAGAUGGACGCACUGAGCGUGUGCAGCGACACCAUCGACCUGUGACCCGCCGCCCGUCGCCAUGACCGCCGAACAGGAGCCGACAAGCCAAUAAAAAAAACAACAGCGCUACGACUGCUGGGAGAUCAGGUGUUGCCGUUUCACCAUGAGAGAGAACCAGGGCUGAAGCUCCUUCAAUCUUCAAAAAAAAAAAAAUACAUCUCCCAGAAUCCUUGGGUGAGGUUUUACUCACUCACCAAAAAAAAAAAAAUGUAAAAAUAAUAAAUAAAUAAAAAAUAGGGCUCACAGCCUUUGGUUAGGUGAACCCAACUUCAAAAUGACAGCAAGGACUUCAAUAUUUGGAUGAGCUGUUAAAUGCUGUAGAAUUCUAGAUACCAACAAUAAUUUUAUAAAUUGUAUUUGUCAGAUUAUUAUGGGAUGCUGCAAUUCGCUUACCUUUCUUUCCAGUUCUGGUUGUUGCUCUCCAUUAAAUGAUCCUUUCUCUGUGUAUUCAGACUCAAAUACUGUGAUUUCGAUGAAGCACUUGCUGACAAGAAACUGUUAUUAUUUAUUCAUACAUUGACAACUAACGUGGCUUGAAUUUAAGGACUAUUUAAAAGCGUAAUAUUGUUCAUUGAGAGACAUUAGUUUGAGAGGUGGUUAAAAUAAAUCCCAUCACAUUGCUGUUAGUGAUAAUUAUUGUCCAAUGUAUUCUGCAUCAAAGUUUUCAAAAGAAGCCGCAGUACCAUGGUCAUUCAUGUGAGACGGGUCUUGGUGCAUUACGUAGCUUAGGGAAGCUUGAAUUUAAAUAUCAGAGCAUUGUAGCAGCAUAGCAUCACCACCUACUGGUAUAAUUUGGGUACCACCAUCCCAAUUAUAAUAACCUCCUCACCUCGUGUGGUGCCUACAUAGUUGUGCUUAUUUCUAAAACGUUUAUUUACAUUUUAUAUAAACAUUGUAAUUUAUUUUUUUCAUGAUGGAAAUCAGUUACUUGUUUUUAAACUUACGGCUUUGUUAAAUAAGGGGGAAAAGUCGCUGGACGUUUUAUAUAGUCAAACGUGAGUUGUGGAUUUAAGAUAUGCAUGUUUUUCAGAGAUGUUUACUGAAACAUGGUAAAGUUUCUAUUAUAAAAAAACAAAAGAAUGCGUAUGAAAGAUAAGUUCUGAUGUGUUUCAAUAGGGGAAGAAUACAUUUAAUUAAAAUAAAUUUAAAAAAUGUUUAAAUACUAUUAAA